AUAACAAAUAAUGUUAAUACAUAUUCUGUAAAUGAUGAUUCUGUAAGCAAUCAUUCUGUGAAUGAUGAUUCUGUAAAUGAUGAUUCUGUGAACGAUGAUUCUGUAAGCAAUCAUUCUGUGAACAAUGAUUCUAUAAACAAUAAUUCUGUGAAUAAUAAUUCUGUGAACAAUGAUUUUAUAGUUGUUAGUUAUGAAAAUGAAAAUACAAUAUCUAAAGAACAUGAAUACAAAUCUAAAAACAAGAAACAAACUAAUGCAAUAACUACUAAAUAUAUCAAUUGUAAAUGGCAUAUAAAUUUGUCACAACUUGUAAAGAAUAAUACUUACAAGAACAUUUAUAUUAUUACUCUGGAAAAUAAGUAUAAUCAUGAUUUAUCAUAUGAUAGAGUAUUAUUUUUUAAUGAUAAUAAAUUUACAAAAGAAAUGGUUGAACAGGUAGAGUUUUAUAUGAAUAUAAUUAAACUAAAACUAUUACAAAUCCAAAAAGCUAUAAAAAAAGAGUUUUCUCAUUGUGAGAUUUAUUUACUUGAAGUUUAUAAAGUAGUAAUUAAGUUUUAUAAUAAAAGACAGAAAGAUAUUUCAAAUGAUGCAGUAUUACUAUAUGAAGAUUUGCUGAAAAAAAAAGAUAAUGAUCCAAAUUGGUAUAUUGCAGUUGAUUGA